CACUAGGGGGAAGACAAAUAUCUGACCGUGUAUCAGUGGGUAGGGGCGAUUUCUAGCCUAAUUGUUUUAGGCUAUGAAUUACCAUACAGUAAACAGUAAAAUGUCAGUUUACGUACAUUAAAGUAGUGUGUAAUACUGUCCAGAAUUGUUUUUAUUUUAAAGUAGCCAAAUCAGUAUUUAAUGUAACAGUAACACAUAUGUACCUUUUAAUCGUUUUCCUUAUUCAUAUAUAUUCAGAAAGCAGUUUUCAAGAAAAAAAGAUAGAAAACAACGAAUCUUGGCGACUUUGCAAUCGUGCCUAUAAAUGUUCAGUUGUCGAAACUUCAUACCCCAAACCUCACUCAAAAAAAUUAACGGAUACGGAUUCAACGCAAAGUUUAUGGUUCAAAGUCCAGGAGGAAAAUUUGCUGUCGAAUUGCUGUUUACGAGAAACUGGUUCUGUAGUUAUAGACAGCGACAAUGAACGAACCGAGUGACGUUAAGUGCACAAAAACGAACUUUUCUCUGAUCAUUUGGAGAGCUUGCAAUGUAUGCAUGUCAUUGUUCUUUGCUCUAGCAAGUUAUGUGCAGAUUAACGAUCCGGAUGCAGUGUUAUGGGUGGUUGCCUAUGCUAUUCCAGCAAACCUGUGUUUAUUGAUUGCCAUUAAACCACAUGUAACAGAGACACUACUUUGGAGGAGAAUUGCUAAACUUCAUGUGCUUUUUUCGACUGCUGUUGUUUCCAUGAUGGGAUGGACUCUGUAUAAAGAGCGCAUCACAAAUAUCUUCCAGCAAGAGGAGGGAAGGGAAUUCUCUGGUCUCAUCUUGAUACUUGUCUGGCUUCUCCUGUGUCAACACUCUGGAAGUUCUAUUGGGGCUCUCAGACUGUUCGUUGCUGUUGCCAUCACAAUCUUCCCCUUUGUGGCCUGGCUGUACUACUACAUUAACAAGGAGCUGAGGACCAGCUGGCCCCCGCAUUGUAAAACUGCACUGUAGAUAUCCAUUCAUUAAGAUAGUCCAGUGACGAGUGAGCAACAUAUCUGCGGGAUGGAACAUUUACAAGAGGAUAUGACCUAGCUACAGUGGCAGUAUGGAAAUCAUGAAUGCAUUGUUUAAAAAGACCCAUGUAAAAAACACCCCUGCUAAACCAUACAUCUAAAUAAGUGACAAUGUCAUAAAUUAGAAUGUAUAUGAUUGAUACAUUUUCCUUUUUUUACUGGAAUCAUACUUUUCUCUUUCUGAACAUUUUUGUUGUUGUAGGCAACCCAUUGCACUUGUGGUGAUAUCUGGUGUAAUCACAGUAAAAUAAAACAAUUUAAUAAGAAAUAUAAA